AUUCCUUUACUACGCAAGCCCAUCGACCCAAUUACACGCGAAACCGUGACGACGUCGUCGUGUGCUGAUCCAUCGGGCUGCGUAAGCGAUUACGUUCACAAUGACUUCCCUGCUUCGCGUGGGAGCUGCAGUGCUUCGCACAUGCCGGCUCGAAGUCUCGCCGCUGAUGUCGGCGCAGAGCGGCCUCGCGAUGCCGACUUCGCGACCCAUCCUGCAGUGGUCUCGCUGCUUUGCGACUGAUAAGGAUGAGAAGAAGGAUGUCUCGGGGGCUUCAUCUGAUCAGGCUGCGGCCGGCGAGGAGAAGCCCAGCACUUCGGGGGCUGAUGGAGCCGACGCAUCUGCCGAUGGGGAGCCCUCGGCGCAGGAGCUUAUGUCGCAGCUGAAGGCGAAGGAGGACCACGCCACCAAGCUGACGCAGCAGGUGGAGACUCUGACGGACAGCCUCAAACGCACGCUGGCGGAGAUGGAGAACCUCAGAGCGCGCACCGCCCGCGAGGUGGACGUCAGCAAGAAGUUCGCCAUUCAGGGCUUCGUCAAGUCGCUCCUGGACGUGCCGGACAACCUGGAGCGCGCCGCGAGCGUGGUGCCGAGCGAGGCGCUCAAGGAGGACGGUGGGGUGCCGCCCGAGAAGCUGCGCAACCUGCUGGCAGGGCUGCUGGAGGGCGUGCGUGCCACCGAGAGCAUCCUGCACAAGGUGCUCAAGCAGAACGGCGUGGAGCGCUACGACGCCGCGGGGCAGCCCUUCGACCCCAACCUGCACAACGCGCUGUUCGACAUCCCCGACCCCACCAAGGAGAACAACACCAUCGCUGUGGUCACCAAGAAAGGUUACAAGUUGAAUGACCGCGUCAUUCGGCCGGCGGAGGUUGGCGUCGUCCGGAACGUCAGUUCUUAGUUGGCUCAAGAUGCGAGCAACGCACAGUCAGCACCAUCCGUCACUGGCGGUGAAAAUGGGGACCGCGGUGCCAUGGACCGUGCUGCCAAAGUGAGCGCGCAGGCGCGGGCAACGCAGUAUCGCAUUGCCCACAUGGCGAACCUAUGCGGCAUGUAGCUGGGAGGAGUGUGCCGCCAAACACUACAAAAAGGAUUAGCAGCACUGCCGUUGCGGCGGCGCGGGCGGCGCUACUUAAGCCACUGGCUGCGCGGGCAGCAGGUGGGCGGGCGCGGGCUUCUUAGCAGCUUCGUUGUACUUGGUGGAGCUGUACUUCUUCCAGACGGCGGUCAGGCUGCUGGUGGGCGCCUUCUGCAUCAGCUCCGCCAGCUGCAUGGCCACGGGUGUGACCUCCUCCUGGGUGUAGCCGCAGUGCUUCUCCAGGGCGCGAGGGUAGCAAUCGGCCUUCUCGUACGCGCACAUGGACACAUGCAGCGCGGCGACGGCGAUGAGGGAGUAGUUGUUCUUGAGCAUGCCGGCGUCGACCUGCGCCAGCUCGAUGAGGUAGCUGGACAGCAUGGUCACGUCCUUGUCGAAGUGCAUGUUGGCGGCCUUCAGGUCGCGUGCCAGGAAGUUGUAGGUGGUGGGGAGAGUGAGGUGGAACUUGAGGGUGUUGAGCAUGACCUUCUCCAUGCCCAGGAUCUGCUCCUUGGUGUAGGCGCGGUCCGAAAUGUAAACGAAGUCGCGGACCUCGGGUGCCCAAAUCUCCUCGUACUUGGACGCGAUCAGCAUGGCGGUCACGCCGACCUGGGGGUAGCAAGGGCACAAGGGGCAGGAAGUGGUUCAGUGCAGCAGACCGGUUCGCAGGUAGCUGGGUGGUGCUGGAGGACCCGCUGGGGUGCACAAUUGCAAACACGGAGACUCCCAAUCUAGCCCC